AUGUCUUUGUUAGCUUCUUUGUUACCUUCUUCUUCGCCUUCUGUAGAAGGAAAAAUCAUCAAAAAGGAUCUCAACCACAUUCAUGACGACGCAGCUUACUUUUGGCUAUAUAUGAAUCUCGAAGAUUUGGUGAGAAAGGUCCAGAUAAUUUACUGCUAUUCUUGGGCUCGAGAGCUGGACAACUCUCCGCAUGAAUUCGCUCUCGUUGAUUUGUGGGGAGUGGAACUCGGAUAUUUUGCUCUUCUGACUGAUAUGACUCGGAGUGGUGAGGUAAUCGGUAAAUAUUUGGUUGCAAUGCAUUGUAUGCUCAUUACAAAUUGUACUGGGGGUGAGUAUGGAAGUAUGGCCUCGGUUGUUGAUGAACCAACAGCUGUUAUAUCUGGUCGUGCGGUGGAUACACAUGAAGGCCUACUGUUCUUAAUAACACAUCAGCAUACUUUGGAGCUUCUAAUCAAGUGCUGUGGAGCUUACAGUCCUUCACAACGAAGUGGUAGGAAGCUUCAUGGAGGAAGCGGCCCCGAGGCGGACACUUUUACAGAGUUCUUGAAGAAAAUCUUCCUCUUGAGAGACUUCUUGAUGUUGAUGUCCACAUUUCUCAGAGUAGCUGUGAAAUGUACUCUGGCAUCUUCACCUGCUUUGCCAUCCAUUUCCUUCUACAACUCUGAAGGCAGAUUGGAGUACCGACAUCCACGCGGUAGCGAUCAAUUGAUGGAUUUGCUCUUGGAGGUCGCAGGUUGGUAUAUCACCCUAAGAUCAUAUGCAGAGUUGGUGAUGAAGCGUUGUGGAUACCAAAUCCAAAUCGAGGCCCUCGACCGACUUUUGAUGAGAGAUCUGACGCAGAGAAAUCGUCUGUCCAUACGGGUCAAGCGUAUAGUUGAUGAAAUUGGUCCCGUUUCUAUGAUCAUGAAUAAAUUCAUUGAGAUUUGGGAUAUGCCGAGUGCAAUAUCCUCACUCGAUUCAUUCAAAUUAGUGUAUCCUCUCAAAAAGUUUGACUGCGAUGAAGACAAGUACACGAAUUAUGUGGAUGAGGCAGUACUGAAGGAACAUGGCGUAACACUAUUUCAGAUGGUCGAUACAUGGUUUGAGAGGGAUAGAUAUCUCGCAGACCUCCACCGAACCUCGGAAUGGAUUGGUGAUCUCGUUCCUUCUCAGGUAUCCCCGAUUGUAGAGGAUGUUGAUAAAUAUACCAUCCCAGAAUUACCAAAGUUUGAACUCAAGCUUAACUUGUUCAAAGUCUUCAAGGCCUUACUUUCCAUGCCUAAACCAAGACAGCAACAAGGGGUAAUCGCUUGGACAGAUUUCCUUGCUACAAUAGUAGAAAUGGGAUUUGAAAUUCAGAAGCGGCGUGGCAGUUCCUGGCAAUUUAAGCCUACGGAUAAAAUACCAGUAGUUUUGCCAGAAAUGCAACGUACUGGUGCAAAGCAGGCUGGAAGACAUAUCAUAUUCCACGACCCGCACCCUUCUCUUAAGAUUCGGUUCGAAAUUGUUAGAAUCAUGGGUAGAAGAUUGGCUAGAGCGUAUGGGUGGACGGGAGAGAUGUUUGAAAUGGAGUUAUUAGCUUACUGGUGUCGCUCUAGACAACAACGACGGACCGAGAAAACCGAACUCGAUGACACUACUAUAGUUGUUCAGCCAGUGGUCUGGAAGGGUAAAUCCAAGGUGAUUGGGGGGCAGACUUAUUAUGCCAAUGAUAAGAAUGAGAUUGUAAUCAGGAUAUCGGAUGAAGAAGGACCCACGGAUGUUAACGACUCGAAUAAAGGGCCAACCAUGUGGAAUAUGCAAAAAAGAGGGUAUUGCUGCGUCUGCCUGAAGAAGGGCAAAGUAUUGCAUUGCGAGUUCCGCCAGAUUUGUGGACGCGGUUUCGACGAAGCAUGUGCAAAUGCCGUCGGAUGUGUGUACUACGAGUCGAACAGCAGACUAGAAUGCCCCGUACACUACCAAGGAUGGGUCGAGGAUGGUAUUCGGUUCAAAUACGAACUGGCGGAUUCGAUGUCGUGCAUGACGGAUUUUGAUAAGGUGGUGGCCGAAGUCAGAGGUCUAUUGGCCGAAGAAGAUUGGGACACUAGACACAUGGCCAUUAUUGCGGAGCUCCAAAAGUGUGCGUCAGACACUGCACAACUACUUGGAAAGCACAAGCAGCUUAUGAGUGACAGACAAUUUCUGUUGUUGAUCAAGAAAUUGGUCAUUGAGGUGCUUGGUAUUGUGUCGAGCACUGAUCCUUAG